UUGAUCGCCUAAGUCUACUAGGAACACCAAUAAGCGAAAGGAUGGCAGUCUCUAUCUUGCUCAAUUCACUACACAGUGGGUUUGGUCGCUUCAAGCAACUAUACCUAAGUGAACCAAGAGAAGAAACAGUUGCAGAAUUUGUUCACCUUGUCAGAAAGGCUGAGAUAAUACUGGACUGUGAAGCCAAAGAUUUACUCAAGGCUAGAGGGAGACCGUUCAAGAAAAGUGGAAAGUCCAAGGGCAAUGCUAAAUCAAAGCAGGACAAGUCCACAUCAAGCUGUCUUUAUUGUAAUGGAAUAGGCCAUUACAAAAGAGAAUGUUCAAAGCUAAAGGAAGAUCAGAAGAACGGAACAGUCGUUCCAUCUUCAGGGACUAAGAAGAAGUAGAAAGUUAAGCAAGGGUGAAGUCGACCUACGAGUGGGAAAUGGAGCACGGAUUGCUGCAUUAGCUGUAGGAACUUAUUAUUUGUCGUUGCCCUCCG